AUGAAGAAAACAGCACCAUCAAGCAAGCCCUCAUCACAACAACAACAACAACAACAACAACAACCACAACAACAGGCAAAGAGUGCGAAUGAUAGUGACAAGGGCAAAACAAAGGAGUCAUCAUCAUCUGUAAAGAAGAGAAAACAACCAAGUUCUCAAGCAAGUGAUGACUCUGACCAAAGCUCAAAUGACUUUCAUGACAUUGAGCCCGUCAUCAUACAACACAAGAAACAAAGGCACUCUACUCAUCACUCAAAGAUACCUGACAAGCUUAAUGUAUCAAGAAAGGGUGAUCGUCACAUGAUAGACACGCCAAAGACAUACUCUGAACUCAAGAAACAGGUGUCAUCACUCAAUCUACUAAAGCAAAAGGCACCACUGCGAUUCUCUGAUCUCGCCAACAAUGAGAUCACCAACGAUGAACAAUAUCAAGUGUUCCUCACAACCAACAACUCUAUCAUCAUACUCUACACUGAUGGAGAGGACCCUCUCGAGAACCCAGAGGAGAUGAUGGUCGACAUCACACCCUCCAAGAACAUCCUGCUCAAAGCAGGUACAUCUGACUACACUACAUCGAACGCUCUAGCAGAGUUUAUUGAUAACUCCAUUCAGGCAGUAAGAGGCAAUCCAAUGGGCAAGAAGAUUAUAAAGAUUGAGAUCAAGGAGCCAGUCAAUGGCACGACAUCAAUCAGAUUCUAUGAUAAUGGAUGUGGAAUGACCAAGAACGACCUUCAUCGUUGGGGCACUAUGGGUAUGUCACAGGCUGAUGUGGACGGUCAUGAUCAUACCGCGAGUGGCGCUACAAUCACUGGAAUGAUAUCUCGUUUCGGUGUUGGUGCCAAGAAGGCUGCGUUCUACCUUGGAACCAAGGUACAGGUUAUCACCAAGGUGUCUGGCAGUCUCUUUACAAACGAGGCCACCAUCUCGUUGGACAUUCUGAACUCCACACACGACCAGGAUUGGAAGAUCCCUAUCAAGGUGCGUCAGGCCACCAAGAAGGAGUUGGACUUGGAUCACUUCACAGAGGUGCAUGUCUUUGGCGUCUCAUUGGCCAAACUUCAGUCGACAUCGCAGUCGAACUUUGUUCAGUCGAUUUCUAGCAUCAAGAGAGACCUCGCACACAUCUACUUCUAUUAUCUACAUCCACUGGAUCUCAGCCAUGUGUCAUUGGACGAGGAUGAUGAGGAAUUUGAAAUGCAUUCGUCCGCUGAGGAGGAUGUGGAAUCCCCAACAGAAACAGACGCUCAACAGAAACAAUCCCAGCAACCAGUCCAAUCAGUGUCCCAACCACUGGAUCAGUCUCAACAGACGGCGGAGCAGCCCGAGCAACCAGCUCAUCGCUCAAAGAAGAAGUCAGCGCCACAUACCAAUGACUACAAGAUAUCACUCAAUCACUUUGACCUGGCAUCUGUUGAUGACUCGAUGGAGGACCUCUAUCUAGAGUUUGGCAAACGACUCAAGCAGUUUUCACUUAGAGUGGAGAACAUUGACGUUGUUUGCAAGCUCCGUUACUUCCCCUAUAUCGCCGAGCGUGAGACACUGCCCAUCCCCUAUCGCAUACUGAACGAACACCCCACUGAGCCGGCCGACACCUUCCCAUUAUCCCUACGUAAGCCUGGCCUGGAGGUGUUCUGGAAUGGCAGACUGAUACCCGACGCACAUAUUGAACGUCUGGCCUUCAUGACUGGUGGCAAAGUGGACAAGGAGAAGUUGGACGAGAAAUGGAUCCAGCGUGUCAAGGGCGCAAUCUAUUUGACGUCCGACUUCCCCGUCAAUCAGAACAAGACCAACAUUAUCAAGGAGCACGCCAUCUUCCAGAGCCUCGACAAGUCUGGCACCCGGGCAAACACCAAGGAUUGGAAGUCGUGGCUGCUCAGAUGUCACAAGAGUUACGAUCAAGACUUCCAGUUCGAGGUGGAGCUCUACGACACUGAGUCCAACAAGACAUUCUGCAAGACAGUGUCUGUUGGAGGUUUCACCUUCCAGAAGGGCGACGCUGUAAAGCUGGGUAUACGCAAGCUCAGCUGUGCACUCAUCAAGGAGAUGCAUUUCGUCGGCACACCCGACUCUAGGACGUCAGAGUUCCUCUUCACUGUGGACAGGGUCAACUACAAGCCACUGCCACUAGAGACAGUCCCAGGCAGCAAGAUCUAUGGAAAGAUUGCAAAGGAAGAGUACACCAAGUUAUUGGAGGAGCAGCGCAACCUGUUGCCCAAGAAUCUCAAGAUCUACGAGGGCGACCGAGUGCCCUAUCCAAAGAAGGAGUAUAAAUCGGGCGAGAAGAUCAGCUACUUGUCAGCCAUGCUGUAUGAUCGAAACACUCCUCCAAGACCCGUGACCAAGGCCAUCAUCGAGGCCGAGUCCAUCAAGAUCACACUGCAGGUGAUCUACAUGCCAAACAACGAAGUGGUCUACACUGCAAGCUCAGCAGGUGGCGACCAAUUCUACAAGACGGGAGCAGUGUCCUACACUAUGGGCGGGGUCAACCUCUUCCAAAAGACUGGCGCCUACAUCUUCAAGUUUACUUGCAGCUUCCCAAAUGUCAAGGAGGCCACACACUAUUGUGCCGCCAUCCAUGGUGAUCCAACCGAUAUCACCGGAGUCUAUCAACUGGAGAAGCUCAUGACCAAUGCAGCGGUGCCACUCGACGCUGACCUGCCACCCAUCCUCUUGUCAGUGUUGGAUGCUCAGGGCAACAACGUACCCGUCUCCCUGACACCAAAGGACAAGAUUGUGCUCACUGCCGUGGUCUACAGUGAGUCAGAGCCAGAGCAGAGGAAGGAGGCCAAGCUCUCAAAGAAUCCAGCCAUCACGUCUGACGAUAGAGGAAUCGAGAUCAAGGGCCUACAGGUAAUUGAUGCCAGCCUCGAUGAUGACUCGGUGUGCGUCAUCAGGGCCAAGUGGGGAGAUAUGACAUGCGAGCUGGAGCCAAUCAGAAUCAUUGCCGGCACACCAACACAGAUGUCCUUCCCGGAUGAUCCAUUCGAGCAGGAGGUCAUGAACCUGAUGACCAUGAAGGGCUUUGAGAUCUACCUGAAGGACAGGUGUGGCAACAUCUACAACCCCAGCAUUUUGACCUACAGCAAUACGACCCAGGCGUCACAGCAAAAGACUGCAGCACAGAAGAAGACACGUCGUGGCGCUGCACCAAAGCCUCAAGAGCUACACGAGUACAUAAUGGCAUCCUCCACAUCGUUGGAGGAAGAUCACAUCAAGGUUGCUGCUAAUCAAGACGGAGGUUUCAUAUUUGCCGAUACUUCAGCACUGCAGAUCCACCAGAGGGACACACCAAUGGACAUUGACACGCCCAACGCCAAGGGAAAGACAAAGGCGGCAGCAUUCUCCCUUGUACCCGUUCAGUUUUCCUUCUACAAGGGAGAGAAGGAGUUGGUCACUGUCGAGAAGAAGGUCAAGGUCACGCCAUCAUUCAAGCCAGCAUCGCUUAGACUCAACAUUAUGGAUGGUACCGUGGUGACACUGGGCGAAGACACUUUCAAGGUGCUCUCUGGUGCCUCGAUAAACUUUGGCGUCAAGGUUUACAGUGCAGGAGGUGGCGGCAAGAGUCCCUUUGAACUGUCGGGCCUCAAGGCCAAGGUGUCGGUCUCGUGGGAUCCAAAGGCCACAAAGGAGAUCGCUAUGGACAGUCUGAACAUGCUUGUCCUGCCACCUCUCAUGUCUGACAAGUCCACAAGGAAGACAGGCUAUUGGGUCAACAUCACCGUUCCAUGGAAUCUAGCGCAGAACAAGAGCGAGAAGGAGGUGGUCCUUAAGAAAGAGUUUUCCCUCGAGACGACAGGUGGAGCACCAAGCACCUUCUUUGCUCAGCCAUCCAAGGGCACCGUGUUGAACAAGGUCAGAUGUGACUCUGAGGUUACGAUCGAGGUGCGACUGCACGACAAGCGUGGCAACAUUGUUAGUCCGGAGGAGUCCCGAUCGGACAUGCAGAUCGAGCCUGUCUUUGAGCUGACAUCAGAGGACCCAUCGGCCAAGUGCUACAUAAGCAACUCCAAGAUCAGUCCGUUCAACAACGAGAAGAACCUCUACCUGUGCCAUCUGACCAUUGUUGGCUUUGGUCCAGUGACUCUGACCGUCAAGGACAAGAACAACACCAUCACUGAGUAUCCUUUGAAGUUGAUCAUGAUCGAAGGUUCUGCAUCCCAGGUUCGCGUCAACAACCUCUCCAAGCUGUCAGUGUCGUGUGCCAGAGGCGACUAUCUGGAGGAGAUCAAGGUGUCUCUCUGCGACUCACUUGGCAACGUCACCACGACCAAUGGUAUCGAGAUCCAAUGUGAGUGGGUCGGCCUAACAGGAGCACCUCCCUUUGCCAUUAAGAACAAGGCCGUGGUCAAGAACGGACACGCCUCCAUCAAGAACAUGGACAUCGUUGGCGCCGAGGGCACAUACGAGAUGCGUGUCACUGCCAAGAACAUGAACCUGACAGAGGCCACCGUCAUCUUUAUCAUCAAGGGAAGCGCAUCGAUCCGUCUCUACAACCCCACACCAAUCAUGAGCAAGCCUUUGCUCACCAUCCCACCAAUCAAGAUAUCAGUGUUGAACGCUGAGGGCAUGGCGCUAAAGGUCAUGGAGAGCACAGUCAAGGCCGUACUGCAUAUGAAGAGCUUUGAUUGCACAGGCACCGAGAAUGACGGCUCUGUUUACCUGUUUGAAGAUAUCAAGGCCCCAAGGAAGGCAAACACCUACACGCUCAAGUUUAUCUACUCCACCGGUGGUGCCAACAAAGUGGAGCUGGACGAGACAUUGGUCGUUGUUCCAGACGACCCAGUCAAGCUGGAUGCAAGCACAAACAUCGCCCCACACACUUCAUCCCAGUUGGCUCAUGACCUCAGACUGUUCGUGACCGACCAGCACGAUAACAGGGUUAUUGUUACUGGUGAGGUUCGUCCAUCGAUAGAGUUGGCCGAACAACUAUCGCAAUCAUCAUACUUCCAGAUGCCAUCGUUGAUGCAACCCGAGGCCAAGAAGUUCAACGCAGAGGGCGAGGCUGUGUUCCCAUUGCUCAGUCUCAAGGAGUCGGUGGGACUGUCCCAGGUGUACAAUCUUACCUUCAAGACCAACCACACGCCACCAAUGAUAUUGUCCAGGCAGUUUGUCUAUCGCAACUCCAAGGAGGACCUUGACAAGAAGGUGGAGCUCGAGGCAAAGCGACUGUCGAUCAACAAGGAUCUGGGUGAGGUGCAGACCGUGAUCGAGACACUCAGUCAGAACAUCUUCAACCUCAACAACAAGAAGUCGCAGUACAAGAAGCAGAUCGACGAGGUGCAGGACCAACUCAAGAAGGACGACCCCAACUUUGACUCUCAGCGUGCCAACCAGAGAGACGAUGUGAUCAAAACAAUCAACGAGAUACAGGGCGUGCUGGACAAGAUGAGUGGCAGCAAUCGACGACGUGCAUCAACGCCCAACAAUUCUAUCGCCAGAGAACUCUCUGAUAAGGCUAAGUCGGUCGGACUGGAGAAGAGUGGCAUCCUCGGAUUGGUCAUGGAGUUGAUCUACAUCGAGUCCAACGAGGAGGCGCAACUCGUUGGCAGAAUGAUUGGCAAGAAGAUGGAGACGGUGCUCGUGCAGAGCUCCAAGGAUUUGGAUCAGUACUUUAACAUGUACAAGAACCACAACAACCCAAUCUACUUUGUUGCACUAGACCUUAUCAACCCGUUUGUCGAGCACAACAGGGAUCAACGCCAAGAUAGCAGCCAGUCACAGAGCGGUCUGCUGCCACUCUACCCAAUGAGUGGUGCACCAACCAAUGGUUUCCUCGGCUAUCUGGUCAAUAGACUGCAGUUCAAGGCGCAGUACGAGAAGCUCAGGAGAACGAUUGGAUGGAUGCUGUUCAAGGACGCAAUGGUGUUUGAGUCAUUGGUGGAUGGCUACAACUACAGAAACUUUUGCGUAAAGGCCAAGCGUCCAUGUCCUACCAUCCUCUGUCUGAAGGAGAUCGAGCUUAUCGAGGCCAGCGGAAUGGUGUUGAUCGGCAAGAAGGAUGUGGGUCGUGACCAACACCAUCUUGGUCAGUUGCCCAUCACAGAGAGUGCAGAGUUUAACAAGUUGGUGCAUCUCAAGUCGUUGUGGGACAACCUGAGACGCACACAUCACCAGUUCUACAACUUUAGGAAGGAGAUUCAGAAGGAGGUGGAGGACACUCAGCAGGUCAUGUCAGUCAACGAACAGAAGAAGGCACAACUGUUGCAGCAACAGCAGCAGGUAUCAGAGCAGCUCAAGAAGAUUGAGAAGGAAUCAAAGUCUAGUGGUUCACAACAACAAUAA